AUGGGAAAACCCUUUAUCCCCACUUGUUCCCCAUUUCCAUUAACACAUGAGUGUUGGGGGCGAUGUGUUCAAUGUUUGUUGAGACCGUGGCAAACAGACGCGGCCAGUGAUUUGUACAGACGAUAUAUUUCCACACGGUACUCGGAGCCGCAGCGGCACUAUCACACACUUGAGCACCUUGAAGAGAUGUUGCGGCAACUGAGAGAAUAUCAAUUAGAGGCGCCUGAGGCCCAGCGACUUCCCAAGAAUAGGAUGAACACAUAUCGUCUUCUUAUUAUGGAUUUAUCAAUACUCUUUCAUGAUGUUGUGUAUAAUCCACAGUGUAAUGAUAAUGAGGAACGUAGUGUAGACUGGUUUCAGGACUUCUGGGCAGAGUGCAGUCAGUUGGCAUCCGCAGCGACUUCGGAAGAUAAUGGAAAUGAUAGGAUAACAUCAUGCGGGGAUCCACAAACCCCGCUAUUGUGGACUAAUGCUGAUAAUACGGAGCUUGUGAAAACGAAAGUGGAAGAAUAUAUUCUCGCAACGAAACAUCACAUGUCUGUAAAACCAUUAUACAUCCGCAGCGGUAGUAAGACUGCUGAAUUAAAAGAAAUAAAUAAAGAAGAAAUAAAUAAAGAAGAAGAAGAGGAAAGGGGUAGGAAUGAAGAGUUUCUAUCAACCCCACCUGAUCUUCAUCUAUUUCUUGAUCUUGAUCUUGCCAUACUUGGAAGUGAUGCUGAGCGAUAUCAACGUUACGCACGUGAAAUACGCAGUGAGUAUAAUUGGUAUAAUGAUGUGGACUUCUGUCGUGGUCGUUCGGCAUUUCUACGGGGAUUUUUGGAUCAUUCACAGUGGUACAAGACAAAGUUUUUCUGCGACAGAUUGGAAGAUAAAGCCAGAUCUAAUGUACUGGCAGAAGUAAAUGCAUUGGAGGCACAAGUGAAUCAAACGAAAUAA